UCUCUCUCUCUCUCUCUCUCUCAAUUCACAAAUACACAUAUCUUCCUUUUUUGGGUAUUUUUAGGCUAAGUUUUAAUUUUUCACACAUCCUUUCAUCUGGGGCUGAUUCGGAUCAGGAUCCCGUACCGAACUGGUAACCCGAAUCUCAAACCAAUUCAUUUCUGGACGGGAUCUCAAAACCGAAACUGAACCAAAAUUAUAGGAUUCCCGAAUAAUUUUGGCGAUUUUAGUAUCGUUCGGGACAAUUGUAUAAAUCCAAAUUCCAAAAAUCAAUUGCAAAAAUCAAAUCCAAAUUGCAAAAAUUACAGAAACCCCAAUUGCAGAAAUCAAAUCCUAGAAAAAACCCUAAUUGCAGAAACCAAAUCCAAAUCCAAAUCCUAGAACCCAAUUUUCACACACCCUAGAAAUCUAAUUUUAAUUCAAACAAAAUUGCAUCAACCGGAGAAAAUUAGUUCCAACCAAUCCGGUGCUGCUUUCGAUUCUGAUACUAGUGAGUUUGUGAUUAGGGCCAUCUCUUUCCUACUCCUUCCUGCUUGCUGGAUAUGCUGAACCUGAUUUGCUUGUUGUUUGUAUGGUGGCUGGAGCGAGAUGAGAGGGUAUGGUGAGGUGGUCGGAGUCGAGACUCGGACAAGGUAGUGGUGGUGGCUAGGUUCGAGAUCCACUGACGGAGUGGUGGUGGUGGUGGUUAGGUUCGAGAUCGACCGACAGAGUGGUGCUGGUGGCUGGGUUUGAGAUCGACCGAAGGAGAAUUAGAGACGGGGACUGACAGGCGAAGAAAUAGGAGGAGUCGAGAGAACAGAGAGAGAGCAGUCGAGAGAGAGACAGUGAGAGUGAGGCCUAGAAAGGUUAGGGUUAAUUAUAAACGAACGGUUGAGAUUAAAUCUCAACCAAAUCCAACGGUUUAUAAUAAUUAAAACUAUAUAUUUAAUUAUAUAUAAAAAUUGUUCGGUUCGGUUCGGGAUUUUCGAACGAAGGUAGGUUGAAUACGAAAAUCCGUACCAAAAGUUUCGGUUUCGGUUCGAUAUGGGUAACCGAUCUGUUCGGGAUUUGUCGGUUGGGAAUUUUUCGGUUUGGGGUUGGGAAUUUUUCGGUCGGGAUCGGGAAGUUUAGGAAUUUUUUUCCAGCCCAACAUUCAUCCCAUUAAAACGAUGAAAACGGCAUCCUUUUCCCCUCCAUAGGAAACACCCAUCAUUGCUCCCAACAACAAUCGUUUUCAACCUUGGAAACCUGAGCUUCCUCUCCUUGUAAGAUUCUCCCUCCUUGCCACAAUCCCAUUUCAUUCCCUUUCCUUUCCAUCCCUCAACUCCUUCCAAUCCUCGCAUCAUUUAAAUUCAAAUAGCACCCUCUCUUUUUACUCCACGCACCAAAAGAAAAAGAAAACAAGCUAAAACAUGGAUGAUCCUUCCUCCACCAACUCUGUCAAUGGCUUCUAUUCCUUUCUGGCUCGUGGGGUGGACGAUCUCGAAAGGGUUUAUCUUUCCAGCAACUUCAUGUCAAUCCAAUUCCUUCAAGGGGCUCUUACCCUUCUUCGAUCUUUCCACUCCCAGCUGACCCUUAUUGUCCAAAGGCUCCAUCUGCCUGUUGGGGACAAGUGGCUUGACGAGUACAUGGACGAAAGCUCCAAGCUUUGGGAAGCCUGCCAUGUCCUCAAAUCCGCCGUCUCUGCUAUGGAGAAUUUCUGCACCUCCGGCCACACCAUCACCUCCACCCUCCUCGACUCUCACCACCAUCUCACUCCUCAGCUCUCCCGCCAGGUGGUGCGCGCGAUUUCUCGGUGGCGGCGGGAAGCGUUUGGAUUGGAGGAAGAGAACAGAGCGCUGAUGGAAACGAGAAUCCAACCACUCUCACUGAAAUUCGACGAAAGGAUCGCCGUCGAAUCGAAGCUUAAUGGAUUCAGCGGGUUCAGGGGAGUCCUGUACGCAAUGAGAAACGUGAGCUCUCUGCUUCUCAUGGUCUUGCUGUACGGACUGGUCUUCUGCUCGCCGGAGGACUCAACCUUUUGCAGGGAAGGAGACGACGACUACGAGGGCCGCAUGAUCUUCGGAUCACCGUUCAUGAUAUCGACGGCCAGACUGCAGCAGCGGGUGGCGGCGGAGAUAGGGCAGAUAAGCGAGAGGCCUGGGAUUCUGGUGUGGGAGUUCAGGAGGUCGAAGGCGGCGAUGGAGGAGCUGAGAGGUGAACUGGAGGAGAGGAAGGGCCCACAGGGAGGAGUGAUGGAUUGGGAGAGUGGGAUUAGAGAGAGAGUGGAGAAUUUGAGAGAGUGUUUUGGGGUGUUGACUUCUGGUUCUGAGAAUAUUGUGAGCCAACUUGAUGAUUUGUUUGAUGAAAUUGUUGAGGGGAGGAAGAAGCUCUUGGACUUUUGCAGUCACAGGUAAAAAAAAUAAAAAAUAAAAAAUUUACGUAGCAGUAGGACAGGUAUUUACAUGUCCUCUUGUUUUUGGCAUCUCAUGUUUUUAGCAGUUGAUAUGGAGGUUGCUAAGUUUGUUGUAAUAGUGUGCUUUUUUUUUUUUUUUUAACUCAAAGUUCGAAUAGCUCAUUCUGUAAUUUAAACUAGAUUAUGAUCGAAUAUUCUCAUAUCGAAAGAGGAUAGAAAGUUACUGGUGGCAUUUGUGCGUCAAGUCAUUAGGUCAAUGUGUACUUAAACGUGAUCCUCUUUCACUAGAUUAAGGUAUUUGGAGAAACCCUGAACUCGGUCUUGUAAAAUAGAAUUCAUUAUUAAUUAUUAUUAUUAUUAUAUUUAAUUUUUGGC